AUCCCCAGGGGCCAGGGCUGAGCUGAGCUAGCCAAUUAAAGGUGGCAUGUUGAAGAAAGCAAGAGCGACCAUGCAAGAAUAUCUCAUCAUCUCGAUCACCGGCCGGUCCAUCCGCUCACAGCUCAUCUCAUCUCGCCGGAUCACUUGCCGUGCGUGCGUGAUAACCUCUCCUGUAUCUGCGCCAGCUAGCUCGCACUUGAAAUACCCCCUCGAUCGCGCGCGCUGAUCAUCACUAGGCGCACGCACCACCGCCACCACCUGGAGGUAGACAGCUUGCUAGCUAGUCAGUGGACGCGCCGCGGCCCGCGCGGCCUAGCAUGAGCGCUGCUGCGUGGCACGCGGCGGUCGCCGUCCUGAUCCUCCUCCUCUGCUCUCGUCUCGCCGCGGCGCGCGUCCAGCUCAGCCAUGGCGGUGCCCUCGCGGCGAGGCGGCGCGACAAUGUUCCGGCGACCGCGUGCGUGCUCACCGCGGUUCCCUUCGGCUACCCUUGUGAAGAGCACCAGGUGACUACGGACGACGGGUACAUCCUGAGCCUGCAAAGGAUUCCGAGAGGCCGGCGCGCCGGCGCCGGAGCCGGCCUGGGGCAGCCGGUGCUUCUGCAGCAUGGGGUUCUCGCGGACGGCAUGACAUGGCUGCUGAGCUCGCCGGAGGAGUCGCUGGCGUACAUCCUCGCCGACCGCGGUUUCGACGUGUGGAUCGCCAACACGAGGGGCACCAGGUGGAGCAGCCGCCAUGUCUCCCUCGACUCCUCCUCCCGGGACUACUGGGACUGGUCGUGGGAUGACUUGGUGGUCAAAGACAUGCCCAACAUGGUCGACUAUGUCAUCACCCACACUGGGCAGAAGCCUCACUUCGUCGGCCACUCCAUGGGGACGUUGGUGGCGCUGGCGGCCUUGUCGGAGGGCAGGUUGGCGGACAAGAUGAAGUCGGCGGCGUUGCUGAGCCCGGUCGCCUACCUCGCCCACAUGACCACACCCAUCGGCAUACUGCUAGCCAAAACAUUUGUUGGAGAGAUCAUCUCUAUUCUCGGCGUGGCGGAGUUCAACCCAAUAUCGUCCGUGGUGACUAAUCUUGUGAGGGAGCUGUGCCGCCACCCUCGAGCGAAAUGCUACGAUCUCGUGAGAGAUUUAACAGGAAAGAACUACUGCCUGAACAAUUCGGCAGUCGACGUAUUGCUGCAGUACGAGCCGCAGCCGACGUCCAUCAAGACCAUGGUCCAUCUCGCCCAAACAUUCCGCGACGGCGCGCUGUCCAAGUACGACUACGUGUGGCCGAAGGUGAACAUGGAGAAGUACGGGCAGCCCGACCCGCCGUCUUACAACAUGUCCAACAUCCCAGCCACUUUCCCCCUCUUCCUCACCUACGGCGGCCAGGAUGAUCUUGCCGACCCUGCCGACGUCGGGCUCCUCCUCCGCGACCUCCUGGGCCAUGACCGCCCCAGGAUGACGGUGCAAUACCUGGAGCAGUUUGCACAUCUCGACUUCGUCUUGGGUACCUGUGCCAAGGACUACAUCUACAACGACGUCAUAUCCUUCCUCAACCGCUUCAACUAGCGAUAAGCAGAACAGCUAUAGUUGGUGUACAGAGAAGAUUAUGGAGGGGGGUUUACAUUAACAUAUAGCUGUGUACGUAUACUGGAUUAUUGUUGGAACCUGGGAUGUGAUCGGUGAAAUAAUGGCCACACGUAUAAAGAUAACCACAUUGCUUGGCUCGUG